GCAGAACCUGAUUGAGAAGAAGCGCUUCCGGCAGCCUUGAACCGCCGGUCAACACACCAGCCUUCCGGACCUGAUACGAACCUUAUCUCAGGCCUCUUGGAGCCGAUGAGCCGCCAAGUCCAAUACCUGCGAAGUGGCAGUCUAUAGUGGAGCCUCCUUGCCUCUGUCCGGGUCCAGAUCUCCCUGUGUCUGGGCUGCCCCAGCAUUAAACGACCCCAGGACACUGACUGGCGCCCGAGUCUGCUGAUGGGUAAGAACCUUGAAUUAGUCUUUAUCUCCUCACAUGACACUUGGCAUUUGAUAAAUAUUUAUUGAAUUUGAAGAGACAUAUGGGCAAUGAAUCUGGAAAGAUCUAGGAGAGAUGUGUCAAGAUACUCUGAGAAAUAUUCCAGGUCUCAUCUAAGUGUCUUGCCUUGCAAAUCAUUCAGGAUUGGUAAUAAGUUAGUGGGGAAGAACGUCCUUGGUCCAACAGUGUUGCUGACACUGACUUUUUCUAAGUGGUCUUGAACUGCCUAGUUUUUAUGUCAAUACCUGGCUAGACCUCGUAUUCUUCACUACAGAAGCCCUUAACCUGCAGUUGCUAGAGAUUUUAAAACACUGCCUUUAGGAUACCAUCCACAUUUAACUUGGGAGCUCUUCCUUUGUAAUUCCAAAAUGUUGAGAUACUGGGGAGAGAUACCAAUCUCAUCAAGCCAGACCAACAGAAGUUCUUUUGACUUGCUCCCUCGGGAGUUCCGACUGGUAGAAGUCCAUGACCCGCCUCUGCACCAACCCUCAGCCAACAAGCCCAAGCCCCCCACUAUGCUGGACAUCCCCUCAGAGCCCUGCAGCCUCACCAUCCACACCAUUCAGCUGAUCCAGCACAACCGACGUCUGCGUAACCUCAUUGCCACAGCACAGGCCCAGAAUCAGCAACAGACAGAAGGUGUAAAGACUGAAGAGAGUGAACCUCUUCCUUCCUGCCCUGGGUCACCUCCUCUUCCUGAUGAUCUCCUUCCUUUAGAUUGUAAGAAUCCCAAUGCACCAUUCCAGGUCCGGCACAGUGACCCAGAGAGUGACUUUUAUCGGGGGAAAGGGGAGCCUGUGACUGAACUCAGCUGGCACUCCUGUCGACAGCUCCUCUACCAGGCAGUGGCCACAAUCCUGGCCCACGCGGGCUUUGAGUGUGCUAAUGAGAGCGUCCUGGAGACCCUGACUGAUGUGGCACACGAGUACUGCCUGAAGUUCACCAAGCUGCUGCGCUUUGCUGUGGAUCAGGAAGCCCGGCUGGGGCAGACUCCCUUCCCCGACGUGAUGGAGCAGGUGUUCCAUGAAGUGGGCAUCGGCAGCGUGCUCUCCCUCCAGAAAUUCUGGCAGCACCGCAUCAAGGACUAUCACAGUUACAUGCUGCAGAUUAGUAAGCAGCUCUCUGAAGAGUAUGAGAGGAUCGUCAAUCCUGAGAAGGCCACAGAGGACACGAAGCCUGUCAAGAUCAAGGAGGAACCUGUGAGCGACAUCACCUUUCCUGUCAGUGAAGAACUGGAGGCCGACCUUGCUUCUGGAGACCAGUCGCUGCCCAUGGGAGUCCUCGGGGCUCAGAGCGAGCGCUUCCCAUCUAACCUGGAGGUCGAGGCUUCACCACAGGCUUCAAGUACAGAGGUAAAUGCUUCCCCUUUUUGGAACUUGGCCCACGUGAAAAUGGAGCCUCAAGAAAGUGAAGAAGGCAACGUCUCUGGGCAUGGCGUGCUGGGCAGCGAUGUGUUUGAGGAGCCGAUGUCAGGCAUGAGUGAAGCUGGGAUCCCCCAAAGCCCUGAUGACUCAGACAGCAGCUAUGGCUCCCACUCCACUGACAGCCUCAUGGGCUCCUCCCCUGUUUUCAACCAACGCUGCAAAAAGAGGAUGAGGAAAAUAUAAAAGGCAAAGAGGGAGACCUCUCCAGACUUAGAAGACCUAACAGAAACUCUGGUGAAUUCUUAUUUGUUUCCACAAAUAGUGAUUGAACUCUUAAACACAAUGGGUUUUCCUGAUAUCAGUGGAGCUGGAUUUAACCAAAUAAGUUUACUUUUACCUUUUGCAUCCAGUUUUUGUUGUUUUCCACAACCAAGCCACCUUUCACAGAUAUCAUACUGGGAUGGUGAUCCAGAGACCAAAACAGUGUCCCUGACUUGUCUUUACCAUGUGUCAAGUGACUUAGCUUCUCUCAAGCUGUUUCUCUUGCACAACUAAGAAUCACAUUGGGUCUGGCCUACACUGCAGGGAUAUUAUGAAGAUGAAGAUGUUAUUAAGCUUCACAGCUGUGCUUGAACAGACUCACAUAUAUGCUGGUAUCAGAUGUCAAUUUUUUUCUUUUAACUUGCUUCAUUUUUGGUUCAAGUCAUUGGGAAUUCAAUGGAAAUAGCUCAACAUUGCACAGCUUAUCUAUCAGUAGUCUUUUUUUCGAACUGUUUCUGCUACCCACAGAAUCUCCUAUGAAAUCAGAGCAGUCUAUGAACAGUGUUUUUGCUUAUCCAAAUAGCCCUCUCCUAUCUCAACCAUAUAUUUUUCUUCUUCCGUCUCUAGACUUAGUCCAGGUAUUCCAGUCCUCUUUAUUUCCAGUCAGAUUUUUAACAUUGGGUUGGCCAAAAAAGUUCAUUCAGGCUUUUCCAUAUUCUAUACAAAAACCCAAACAAGGGCAACCCAGUAUUUUCAGCAUGUACAUUUUUCAGUUGCUCCUUUCAUUUUCUCCUCUUUGAAUGAUGAAACUAACUGAUGGCUCAUCAGUCUGCCUGCAAUGCAGGAGACCUGGAUUCGAUCACUGGGUCAGGAAGAUCCCCUGGAGAAGGGAAUGGCAACCUGCUCCAAUAUUCUUGCCUGGAAAAUCCCAUGGACAGAGGAGACUGGCAGGCUACAGUCCAUGGGGUCGCAAAAAGUUGAGACAUGACUGAGGGACUAACACUUUCACUUUGUGAAUGAAGCAAACAGGACCUGUCCAUAGACAGACUUGUGCCUAUUUCAUUUGUUGCAUCUGCUUGGCCAUCAGAGGACAGUGGUCCAUUCCUUUACCAGAAUUCUACAUCUGCACAUUGUGCUUCUACUGGAUGGGCAGCCUCUAAAAGGCUAACAGUAUACACCUUUCUGCUUUACAUCAUGUCCUGAACAACUUGACUGCUGUUACUCAUCCAUCGCAGUAUCUGCCCUACUUGGCAUCUGAUAGUGUCAAUCAUUAUUUAUUAAGUACUUGAUGUAGCACUGGAAUAAUCAGGAGUAAUUAGCAAAUGUGUGCAAGUUAAGUACUGCUGAAGUUUGGUUCGGGGGUGCAGAAUACAAGUCUUGUGAAAUUUAGAACACUCUUAGUAGACUAGAAAUCAAGGCCUAUAUCACUGAGUGCCUUAAAUGUCUCAGGUACUGGGAAUAAAUAUGAAUGCAACAGCAACAAAAUAAGGUUAUGAUUUAAACUGUUGCCAAAGCAUUUAUAAGUCUGCUAAUUGGACAUCCUUGGCAUGUUUAAACCUUUCCUGUUCCAGGUUUAGCUUCAUUUCCCCUUAUUUGCUUCCUUUGUGGCUCAGCUGGUAAAGAAUCUGCCUGCAAUGCAGGAGACCUGGGUUCAAUCCCUGGGUUGGGAGGAUUCCCUGGAGAAGGGAAAGGCUACCCACUCCAGUAUUCUGACCUGGAGAGCUCCAUGGACUGUAGUCCAUGGGGUUGCAAAGACUCAGACAGGACUGAACAACUUUCCCUUCACUUCACUUCCCCUUAUUUACUGAUGAAAGUACACAUCUGGUGGUCAGUUUUCAGAAAGUAGCCAUUUAGUAUUUAGUUGGUUCACUUAGCAAACAUUUAUUGAGUACCCAUUAUAUACUGGGUCCUUUGCAAAGAAUACACAGAUGAGUAAGACUGUCUCUGCCAUUAUGGAGCUUAUAGCUUAGGCCAGAUGAUUUCCUCUUUAAUGAAAAAGUAUUCAAAGGCACUAGGGAGAAAAACAGGUAUGCACAGGUUUGCUGUGCAAGUGGUUCCCUCUUAAAAGAACAAGUUCAAGUUUUUAGACCAGUGGUUCCCAUUAGUUACACAGUAUUGAAAUUAAUACUUCAUGUAAAACAAAAUAUUUUUAUUUUUAGAUGGUUUAAAUUGGAGAAUAGGCACUAGAUGGCCAAGGUUCGGGUACUCUGAUAAAGCAGGUCAUAGGAGCAUUGAUACCUGAGAUUCACCUGGUCUGGAAUUAUGCCAUAGGCUGUUGAGUUAGAGCACUGUUCUGAACUUAGCAUGCAUCAGAAUCCCCUGGAGGCCUUUUUAAAACAGAUUGCUAAGCCCCACGCCCCACCCCCAGUUUCUGAUUUUGGUCUUGAAUGUCCCGUUUCUGGUAACCUCCCAGAUGGUGCUGAUGCUUCUGUUCCAGAGACCACACUUUGAGAACCACUGAACUGAAAUACAGGUUAGGCAGGAAUAAAAUUUCUUAAGAGAAAUAAUGUUUUAAGAUACUGUGAAGAAUGUGGAGGCGAAGCAAACACUUAACAGGGCCAUUAUGCAUGGAAUAUGCACCUGACCCAAACCCAUGUCCUUUGAGUAAAUCACUAAGGAAGGACACACUUCAUUAAAGUACAAUACAAACAGGGCCUGGCUUCAUACCUCGUUAUUAGGUGUGGUGUGUACACAGAACUUUAAUAAACAUCAUGUGGCUUAAAA